ACUCAACCGGAGAGGCUCCGCCAUUUUAACUUCCUGCUUCCCCAAAGAAGACGACACAGCAUUUGAACUCGUUGUAGUUUAUUUAUCUAGCGUAAAUACAUAAAGGGGGGUUUGUCUUGUUUACUUUUUUUUUUGUUUUUUUGUGUGUGUCACCAGCUUGACUUGCCUUGUUAGUGUUCUGACAGCGUGUGUCGGGGUUUAGUUUUUUAGCCCGGAAAGAGAGUCGCAAUGCCGAGCCACCCGCUGCGUGUGGCGGUUGUGUGCUCUAGCAACCAGAACCGCAGUAUGGAGGCGCACAAUAUCCUCAGCAAACGUGGAUUCGAUGUGCGUUCAUUCGGGACAGGGUCUCACGUGAAGCUACCCGGUCCUGCCCCGGAUAAGCCAAAUGUGUAUGACUUCAAAACAACAUAUGUACAGAUGUACAACGACUUGGUCCGCAAGGACAAGGAACUAUACACACAGAACGGCAUCCUGCACAUGCUGGACCGCAACAAGCGCAUCAAAUCAAAGCCGGAGCGUUUUCAAAACUGCAAGGAUAAGUUUGAUCUGGUCAUCACCUGUGAAGAGAGAGUCUAUGACCAAGUGCUGGAGGAUCUGAAUUCAAGAGAGCAGGAGACUCUGCAGCCUGUGCAUGUCAUCAAUGUAGAUAUUCAGGAUAACCAUGAGGAAGCCACGCUGGGCGCCUUCCUUAUCUGUGAGCUGUGUCAGUGUAUCCAGCACACCGACGACAUGGAGAAUGAAAUCGACGAGCUCCUACAAGAGUUUGAGGAGAAGAGCAACAGGCCUUUUCUUCACACUGUCUGUUUCUACUGAUACACAAUAGAAAUUUGCAAUAAACACAGACCCAGAUCACAAUAGUGAGGACACACACGUUCAGUGCUCCUCAAGUCAUCUACAAUACAGUGCACGUUGUGUGCCUGCACAGCCACACACACAUACAGCUUUGGAUCAGGACUUAACAAAUGGCUGCUGUUGGACAUUGGUGAUCAUGGGUUUUUUUCCUCCAUGCGGAGGACGGACUCGCUGCUCUCGCUCUGCCUUUAUUUCUCCAGAUCAAGGUCAGGCCAAGGUCCUCCCUCCCCUCCCUCCAUCCCAGUCCAGUAAAAAAUUCCUCGACCAUGUCUCCUCAGGGAGAGCCAUAAAACCCACACCCACCCCAGAUUCAACAACUCCUUUACAAUUCUCUCAUUCUGUUCAGCAUGUUGAUGCUGAUUGUUUUUUUCUUUCCCCUCUUCAGAUUAUAUAUAAUUGUGCUUUGUUUAAGUAUAUGUCAGAUUUUUAUUCCUGAUCUGGGACAGUGUAAAUGUGGAGGAGAAUUGAGUUGAAUGCGUGUUUUGUUGUGUGCGAAUACUUCACUUAAAAGUGGGUGGGAUAGUAAUGAAUAACCAAACCUAGACCUCUCUGAGGAUCUCCUCCAAUCUUGUUUCAAAUAUAAUGUGUUGAUUCAUAUUUAAACUUGGAUAUGCUAUUUUUCAGGGCAUAGUAUUUUUUUUUUUCCUUUUGUAAAUGUUAAAGAAUUGAUGCAUUGUUAAUUAUUUGCAAAAUGCGAGCUCAGCUCAGAGUGCCUGAUUUUUCUGUAUGUACAUAUGAAUCCACUAAAGAAAGAAACAUCUCUAAGAAA